AGUUUGUACUUAUGUACAAUUUAAUCUUUCUCAGCUUUAAUACGGUAAAUAAUAAUAAAUUGUAAGUUAUCAGUAGUUCAUAGAAUAAAAUAUUAAGUAAUAUUAAGAUUUGUGUAUUAAAUUAAAAUUAUAAAUUGACUUAAAAUACAAUAUAUUCAGUAACAUAUCACUAUAAAAAAGUAAGGUUAACUGGAUCACUAUUCACGAAUAUAUUAAAACAUUAUACAAUGAAACCAAAUAAUAUUUGCAUCAUCAAAACAUGUUGAAUAAUAUAAAAGAUUUUGAAUUAAUAGCACAAGGCGCUGAAGCACGUAUAUAUAAGGGCAUUUAUUUAGGAAAGUUAACAUUAAUCAAAGAAAGAUUCGAAAAGAAAUACAGACAUCCAGACUUAGAUACGCGUCUCACAAAAGAUCGAAUAAAAGCCGAAUGUCGUGCUAUACUCCGUGCUAAAACUGCAGGAAUCGCAACACCAGCUAUAUAUUUGAUAAAUUUAGAACAACGAUGUAUUUACAUGGAAUAUAUACAAGAUGCAAUAAUAUUAAAAGAUUUUCUCGAUAAAAACGUUUUGAAAGAAGAAAAUAUUGAUCAUUUGUUAAAUUUUAUAGCACAAGGACUUGGAGUACUUAUUGCUAAAUUACAUUUGAAAAAUAUAAUUCAUGGGGAUUUAACUACUUCCAACAUUCUUUUGAAAAAUAUUGACAACAAUUAUAUUAAAAAAUAUGAUGUUGCGAAUAAUUUUGUUAUAAUAGAUUUUGGAUUAGCUCGUAUAGAAUCAAACAUAGAAGAUAAAGCAGUCGAUUUAUACGUUCUUGAACGAUCAUUAUUAAGUGCACAUUCAGAAAUACCUUCAUUAUUUUCAAAAAUAUUUGAUACUUAUCAAAUACAUUAUAUAAAUAAAAAUCAAUGUAAAGAAAUUGUUUCUAAAUAUAAGGAAGUACAAUUACGAGGACGAAAACGAUUAAUGAUCGGUUAAUUUCAAUAUAUUCUUUAUAAAUAUAUUGGCAUUUUAUUAACAUAUUUUUUAUAAUUUAUACAUGAUAUUAUAUAUCUUAAAUAAAUUAUAUUAAAUGAAAUUUGAAAUAUACUAUUUUUUUAAUUAUUUAAUAUGUAUAAUUUGAUAUUAAUUAGUUUUGUAUUUAUAAUUAUUUUUAGAAAUAUCAUUAGAAUAAUAUAUAUUAAAACAAUAUAUAUUAAAAUAUAUAUUAAAAUAUUGAUAUUUUAAAUUUAUUUUUUAUUUAUAUAAUUUGUUAAAAUUAAAUCUAAAAUCAUUAUUUGUCAUGAACAAUAUAUUCAAAUAUAAAUAUUGUUAUAUUAUAUAAUUAUAUAUAUAAUUAUAUUAAAUCUUAUAAAUAUUGAGCAAUAUAAUUACUUAAAAUGUUUAUUUAUAUUAAUUGUAUAUAAUAUAUAAUUGUUAUGUAUUAAUUAUUUGCAUAUAAUCUGAUUUGGCAUAUGCAAUACUUAUAGCAUAAUUUAUAUUACUUAUUUAUAUCAAUGACAUAUGACAAAAAAUUUUAAAUAUAAAAUAAAAAUGUUUUAUAAUUAAUAUUUAAAAGCAUUGUUUUUAAUAAUAAAUAAUUAAUCUUUAAAAUUUACUAAUUUUUUAUGAAAAAACUUUUUAAUAGAUGAAUAAUUUGUAUAUAAUAUUUAAUUUCAUGUAACAAGAGUUAUCCAAGUAAGUAACAAAUAAUUCUAUUGUAUGUUUAUUAAAUACACCAUAAAUUCAAAACAUAUAAUCUAUAUGAAAAACUUGUUCUCCACAAAAUAUAGGUAAAUUGCAUACUUGAUUCUUGAAAAAUAUAUAUAUUAAUAUUUUUAGUUUAAAAAUGAUUAAUCAAAAUGUAAUCCUGAAUAUAUAAUGAUCCAUGUGACC